AUGGGCAACAAGCAAACUGUUUUCACUCCAGAGCAACUGGAUGCCUACCAGGACUGCACAUUCUUUACAAGGAAGGAAAUUCUGAGACUGUUUCACAGAUACCGUGAUCUAGCCCCACAGCUAGUUCCACUCGACUACACAGACAAACCAGACGUGACACUUCCCUAUGAACUCAUUGGCAGCAUGCCAGAGCUGAAGGACAACCCCUUCCGCCAGCGCAUCGCUGAGGUUUUCUCUGAGGAUGGACAUGGCAAUAUGACUUUAGAUGAUUUUUUGGACAUGUUUUCAGUGCUGAGUGAAAUGGCUCCCAGAGACCUGAAAGCUUAUUAUGCUUUUAAAAUUUAUGAUUUUAACAAUGAUGAUUACAUAUGCAAAUCAGACCUAGAGAAAACUGUGAACAAAUUAACCCGAAAUGAACUCACCCCAGAAGAAGUCAGCCUUGUCUGUGAGAAGGUGAUUUAUGAAGCUGAUGCAGACAAUGAUGGCAAGUUGUCUUUGGAAGACUUUCAGCAUAUGAUAACACGAGCUCCAGAUUUCCUCAGCACCUUUCACAUUCGAAUCUGA